AUGGUUAUGAAAUGUUUUGUUUGUAGCGCCGAGUGGAAUAGAAAUAGUUUUCGUACAUUUCACAGGAUUCCUAAGGACUCUGAAAAGAGAAGAAGAUGGGCGGAAUUCCUGGGACUGACUGACAAUUAUACCAAUAUGGAUAUAGUACGUGUUUGCUCAGCUCAUUUUCCAGUUGAUGACUUCAUUAUGAAACCAGGUGGAAAACGUUGCUUGAAGUAUACAGCAUUACCUAUUCUGGGAGGAGGACAAUCACUGAAUGACUUCCCAGAUAUGCAAGAAAGACAACUGGAGAAUAUAACAGAACUUAUGGAACCUUCACAAAAAAAAAUUAAAAGGCACUGCUUGAAUUUAAGAGCAUGGUCAAUAAAUCCAUCUCAUACUUCAUCUUCAACCAUGACAGCAUCAGGAAGUUUGAUUCUAAGUCAUUCAGAGACAGAUGAUGACAAGAAACAACCGGAUACUAAGGAUGUUACUUCUCAAACAACAUUUAUUUGGAAAGAUUGGAAAUCAUUGAAGGCUGAAAACAAGCAAUUGAAAGAAGAGAAUUCUAAAUUGAGAAAGAAGGUGAAGGAGUUGGAGAACAAUAAGGCUGGGGAAAACAUGAACAACUUUGUGGAGAGUUUGAAGUUGAACGAAAAAAAGUGUAAGUUUUAUACUUCUCUUACUUUUACCAAUAUUCUUGCAUUAUUUUCAUUUUUGCAACCGAUUGAGUCUUUGCAAUACUGGGGGUGUAAAAAUUCAGAUGUUGAUCGGCCUUUGAGAAAAAAAUGCAAUGCUUUGGAAGAACUCAUCAUAGUUUUGAUCAGAUUACGAACAGGUUUAUUAAUUGAAGAUAUUCAUUAUAGAUUCAACAUUUCCGUCGGUUUGGUAACUAAACUUUUUACUAGCUGGAUACAACACAUAUAUUGUAGAUUUAAUGUACUUCGACCUAUGAUGUUCCCAUCAAGAACUUUGAUACAGCAACAUUUACCUUCAGAAUUCAAGAAAUUAAAAAAUAUCAGAGUCAUCAUUGAUUGUACUGAAUUUUAUUGUCAAACACCAAGCAAUUUCGAGCACCAAAGUAAUCUGUAUUCUUCUUACAAAGCUCAUACUACAUUCAAAGUUUUAAUUGGUUGUACUCCAAAUGGUGCUAUAUCUUUUGUCAGUGAUUUGUUCGAAGGUUCCAUAUCAGAUAAAGAGUUGGUAAAAAAGUCGAAUUUGAUGGAUUUGUUGGAGGAAGGUGAUUUAGUAUUAGCAGAUAGAGGUUUUAACAUAGAAGAUUUGACAAUUAAGAAAAAAGUGGCAUUGAAUAUUCCACCAUUUCUGAAAGGUCGUGAUAAAUUAACUGCCCAAGAGGAAAUUGAAACGAAACAGAUAGCUAAGAAAAGGAUAUAUGUAGAACAUGUAGUAGGUAGGAUAAAAUCUUUUAGGUUGUUGAAAAGAAAUUUGUCACUUAGUAUGAGAGGUAUAUUAUCUCAAAUGGUAUUUGUUACUGCUUGUUUGGUAAAUUUCCAAGAACCUAUUUUGAAUGGAGGUAAUACUAAUUGA